AUGUCCAAGAGAUCUAAACAACGCCAGUUUGGUAAAUCAGAGCUGUUCAACUCAAUAAACCCAGAGUAUGAAGAUGAAAUAUUAGAGGCGUAUGGGUCUUUAACGAUUGAGAAUCCGGAUCUCAAUCUUGUUAAAUUGCCUGAACUUUUCAGUGUUUUACAAAUACCGUCUUGUUUCUGUCAAGACAUAAAUUUAUGUAUUGAUUAUUACUAUGAACAUAUGCAAGAUAUCGAGCAAUUCGAUUCUACAAAUCAUAAGCAGUAUAUAACCAUGCAGUUGAUCAAAAACGUAACCAUUAGCAGCAACAUCGAUGAUGUCUCAACUAUCUUGGAUAUUGUGGAUAUCGAUAAGUUAAUCAAGAUUACUGACAAACUUUUGAAAUUCAGGGAUUUUUAUCAAACUAUCUAUGAAAGUUGGAAGCUAUUUAUAAAUGCUUCCCAUCUGGACUCCGAAUUGAACGAGCAAAGCAUUUUAUCGUAUAAGUUGACCUUACCUGAUUUGAAAAAUAUUAAAACAUCUCUCAAUUUAGAUUAUGAAAGUAAUGGGAAAUACUCUUUAGGUGACUCAUUCUUGAUAGACAUGUUGGGAUGUUGUUCCACAGACCCCAAUGGUAAUAUGUCUAAUUACGACUUUUAUAAAAUCAAAAGUGGAUCUUCCGUUACAAUAAAGGAUUUUGCUGAGAUCUUGGGUAAUUUGGGAGAAUUUGACUGA